UUCAUGCACAAUAGCAUUGACCACCGGACAUGACAUUGCUACCUAUUAUGACUCUCAAAUAAUAUCUCAUAAUAUUUGUAUUGAAGCACUUGUAUGUUUAAACAAUAAAAAGAAAUGAAAAACUGAAAGCACCUUAACUUAUGUUGCUCACUUUACUCGUAGUCGCAUGUCGGGACUGCUGUUAGAUGUGUUGGAAGAAUCCCCCGCCUACUCCCGUGUUCCACCAAUGAGAGCCAAAAGCGGAAAUAGGAUUUUUCUCCCUCCCGCCUUCUGCUCUUUAAAACCGUUCUGCCCCUCUGGCUCUGUGGUCAUUUCAACCCUAGGCGGCAAAUUUUCUUUCUUUCUUUCUUUCUUUUUUUUUUUUUUUUUUUUUAAAUUUAUUUUUUUAUUUAUUUAAACUUUUGACAGCCAGGAGAAUGAGUGAACAAGCCAUUUCUUUCGCCAAGGAUUUCUUGGCCGGAGGUAUCGCGGCUGCCAUUUCCAAGACAGCCGUCGCCCCAAUUGAGAGGGUCAAACUCCUUCUUCAGGUCCAACACGCCAGCAAGCAGAUCUCCGCGGACAAGCAGUACAAGGGCAUCGUGGACUGCGUGGUGCGCAUCCCCAAGGAGCAAGGCUUCCUGUCCUUCUGGCGCGGCAACCUGGCCAACGUCAUCCGCUACUUCCCCACGCAAGCCCUCAACUUUGCCUUCAAGGACAAAUACAAGAAGAUCUUCUUGGACGGCGUCGACAAACGCAAGCAGUUCUGGAGGUACUUUGCCGGCAACCUGGCGUCCGGCGGCGCGGCGGGGGCCACCUCGCUGUGCUUCGUCUACCCGCUGGACUUCGCCAGGACGCGUCUGGCGGCCGACGUGGGCAAGGCGGGCGGGGAGCGCGAGUUCAAGGGCUUGGGCGACUGCCUGGUCAAAAUCACCAAGUCGGACGGCGUCAAAGGGCUUUACCAGGGAUUUAGCGUCUCUGUGCAGGGCAUCAUCAUCUACAGGGCCGCCUACUUUGGCGUCUACGACACGGCCAAAGGCAUGCUUCCCGAUCCUAAAAACACCCACAUCGUGGUGAGCUGGAUGAUCGCUCAGUCGGUGACGGCGGUGGCCGGUCUGGUGUCCUACCCGUUCGACACCGUCCGACGUCGUAUGAUGAUGCAGUCGGGGCGCAAAGGAGCUGACAUCAUGUACAGCGGCACUAUCGAUUGCUGGCGCAAAAUCGCCCGUGACGAGGGGGGCAAGGCUUUCUUCAAGGGGGCGUGGUCUAAUGUGCUCCGAGGCAUGGGCGGAGCCUUCGUGCUGGUCUUGUACGACGAACUCAAAAAAGUGUUAUAAUGUGUCACUUUCGGGCCCGAACGGCCCCGUCUAACGUAUCUUGUACAUUCGGAUGAAUUGCGGUAUAUUUAUAAGGGACCAACUAGUAUUUGGCUACUAGUUGUACCGGGGUAGGACAUUCAAAUGGUUUUUUGUUUAGAGCGUUGAUGUUGUCCCCUCAAUGCGGGGGGGAAAAAUACGAAGGAAUAAAGGCGACUAUCA